UCCUCCCUCCAGUCUUGCACAGGUGUACCGGCUCCUCCCCUCCAGUCUUGCACAGGUGUACCGGCUCCUCCCCUUCAGUCUUACACAGGUGUACAGGCUCCUCCCCUCCAGUCUUGCACAGGUGUACCGGCUCCUCCCCUUCAGUCUUGCACAGGUGUACCGGCUCCUCCCCUUCAGUCUUGCACAGGUGUACCGGCUCCUCCCCUUCAGUCUUGCACAGGUGUACCGGCUCCUCCCCUUCAGUCUUGCACAGGUGUACCGGCUCCUCCCCUUCAGUCUUGCACAGGUGUACCGGCUCCUCCCCUUCAGUCUUGCACAGGUGUACCGGCUCCUCCCCUUCAGUCUUGCACAGGUGUACCGGCUCCUCCCCUUCAGUCUUGCACAGGUGUACCGGCUCCUCCCCUUCAGUCUUGCACAGGUGUACCGGCUCCUCCCCUUCAGUCUUGCACAGGUGUACCGGCUCCUCCCCUUCAGUCUUGCACAGGUGUACCGGCUCCUCCCCUUCAGUCUUGCACAGGUGUACCGGCUCCUCCCCUUCAGUCUUGCACAGGGUGUACCGGCUCCUCCCCUUCAGUCUUGCACAGGUGUACCGGCUCCUCCCCUUCAGUCUUGCACAGUCUUCUGAUCUUCUCACAAUGUGCA